AGAGAAGGAAUGGGAUUUGAAGGGAAAGAGGGAGCAAUGGCUACUGACUUUUUCUGGUCCUACACUGAUGAGCCUCACGCUUCCCGCAGGAGGCAGAUCCUCUCUCAAUACCCUCAAAUCAAGCAAUUAUUCGGCCCUGACCCCUUCGCUUUCCUUAAGAUUGCUGCAGUUGUGUUGCUUCAGCUAUGGACUGCUACUUUCUUGCACAACGCAUCCUGGGUGAAGAUACUUAUAGUGGCAUAUUUCUUCGGCUCUUUCCUCAACCACAAUCUUUUCUUGGCCAUUCACGAGCUUAGCCACAACCUAGCCUUCUUGACUCCUGUCUACAACCGGUGGCUAGGAAUCUUCGCCAACCUUCCCAUUGGCGUGCCCAUGUCCGUCACUUUCCAGAAGUACCACCUCGAGCACCAUAGGUACCAAGGGGUGGACGGACUUGACAUGGACGUCCCAAGUCUCACAGAAGCCAAGGUUGUGAGAAACACCGUCUCAAAAUCCAUAUGGGUUGUUCUCCAACUAUUUUUCUACGCUCUCCGGCCCCUCUUUCUCAAGCCUAAACCUCCCGGCAUAUGGGAGUUUAUUAACUUCACUAUCCAACUGGCCCUUGAUGCUGCCAUCGUUUGCCUCUUCGGCUGGAAAUCCUUCAGUUAUUUAAUCCUGUCCACGUUUGUUGGAGGCGGGAUGCACCCCAUGGCCGGACACUUCAUCUCAGAGCACUACGUGUUCAAUCCGGAUCAAGAGACGUAUUCUUACUAUGGCCCUCUCAACCUCAUGACAUGGAGCGUCGGCUACCACAAUGAGCACCACGACUUCCCAAGAAUCCCCGGGAGCAAGCUGCACAAGGUGAGGGAGAUUGCACCCCAGUUUUACAAGGAUCUUGAUUCGUAUCAGUCAUGGAGCCAGGUGAUCUACAUGUACAUAAUGGAUCGAACAGUCGGGCCAUUUAGCCGGAUGAAGAGGAGUCAGUCAGUGUUGGACAAGAGCAAGUCUGAAUAGGCGUGUAAGAUUUUUGAAUAUAGUGAAUUUGUUUGUUAUAAUUCUUUUCUGAAGCUUUCGGCUGUUUACUUAUGUACUAAGAAAUUCUUGAUGCUAAUUAUUUUUUGAGAAAGAAUUUUGGAUGAA